GCCAGGUUAGAUGGGGCUUUGAGCAGCCUGGUCCAGUGGGAGGUGUCCCUGCCCAUGGCAGGAGAGUUGGAACUUGAUGAUCUUGAAGGUCCUUUCCAACCCAAAGCAUUUUACAAUUGUAUGAUUCACUGAAAGGAAGUUGGCAGAGUCAUAAGCUAAAUAAUCAUAAGGUAUUGUCCUCUGCAAUAUUUUUUUUUCUUUUCAUUCUGUUUUGUUUAGAUGUCUCGCAUUAAAAGUCAUGGAGCUGGGAAAGGCAAAGCUGCUGAGAACUGGCCUUAACGCCUUACACCAAGCAAUUCACCCUGUGCAUGGUAUUGCCUGGACAGAUGGGAAACAGGUGAUACUGACUUCUCUACACUUUCAUAACGGAGAACCCAAAUUUGGUGACUCGAGUGUUGUGGGUCAGUUUGAACAUGUCCACGGACUGUACUGGGGCCCGAGUCCCCCUGAUGCCCCAGCUCUGCUCGCCGUUCAACAUAAAAAGCAUAUCACCAUUUGGCAGCUCUGUUUUAAUGUUACAGAAAGAAAUAAGCUCUUAGUUUCUCAGAUAUGUGACAUCAGCGAGACAUUUCCAGUGCUCCCCCAGGGCUGCGUGUGGCAUCCGAAGAAGGAGAUCUUGGCUGUGCUGACUACACGGGAUGCCUCUGUCUUACACUCGGUUCAUCUCAACAACUCCAGAAUUAAAGCAGAUAUUAAAGGCAGUGGUCUUAUCCACUGCGCUUGUUGGACGAAGGAAGGCAAUCGCCUCGUAGUGGGAGUAGGCAGUGCCCUUCAUUCUUACCUUUGGGAUGAUGCUCAGAAAAUUCUGAAUCCUUGUUCUUUUUGCCCGAUCUUUGAUGUGGGAGGCUACAUCUGUGCUGUGGAAGCUACUCUGAAUUUCCAAGUUGCUGUUGCCACUGAGCUUCCUCUAGACAAGAUCUGUGGUUUAAAUGCUGGUGUUGCAUUUGAAGUUCCAGCAAGCGUGGAAACAGAGUCCUUCCCCUCACAGUCCAGUUUAUGUGUUGAGGAAGAGUAUUCCAUGGAUGGGGGGAAGAAGUCACUGGACUCUGAGAAGCCAUUGUCUGUUGUUACGUCUCCUGUGGAUCUAACUCACAUACUUUCUAGCAAGCAGGGUGCCGAUUCCAGUCCUCUCCUUCAUCUGAGGCCCAAGGACUACCUAACGGGAAGUGGCCAGGAUUCUUCGCAUCUCAUCUUGGUGACUUUUGAAAGAAAGGUUACCUCUACCAAAAAAGUUAGCAUCCCAGGCAUUCUGGUUCCUGAUAUAAUGGCUUUUGAUCCCAGAACGCAAACUGUAUCGGUUGCCUCCAAUACUUGUAAUGUUAUUUUGGUCUAUUCGCUGACUGCAUCCAAUUUACCGAAUAUUCAACAAAUUCAGCUAGAGAAAAAUGAGAAACCGAAGGGGCUGUGCUUCUUGACCAAUAAAUUGUUACUGAUACUGGUUGGAAGACAAAAAUUCACUGACCCUGCAUUUCUUCCCUCUUCAAGAUCAGACAAAUAUAUAAUCCGGUUGAUGAUUAAGGAGCUGAUAUUUGAAGUAGGUCCUUCCACACCUCCAUUAUUUAAUGGGAGCUCCAAUUUGAACCUCUCAAAUGUAUCUCAUGAUCUCUCUACAGACGUUCACCCUCUCAGCCGUGGACUCCUGAUACCAGAUCAUGCUGCCAUUCAGUCCCCUACCAGCAGAAGGAAACUCAUUGAAGAAAUUAAGAGUCCUGUUUAUGAACAAAGCUGCUUGUUGAAUGUGGGUGACCUCAAAGAUAAAAAGAUUUCCAUGAAUUUUCCUCCAGCCAUUAAGUCUCUCGAUACCGAACCAGUUAAUCGGACUAUGGCGCUGUCUGACACAUCACUAGCGUCUUCUAACAAGCCAACAUCUCCAAAAAGGCAGGCAGACGCAGCUUUCAAAAUACCAAAUUCUUACAAGAAUAAUCUAUUGAGUGAAAAGGAGGCGAGUUACUUCUCGAAAAAUGUAGAAAGACUAUCUGGAAACUUCACAGAAUUACAGCAUCAUCUCUGUGAAUUAACGGAGCUGCUAAAGUCUGGGAAGAGAAAUCUUUCAAUGUACCCAUCUUCUGAGGAACCCUCUUUUAUCAACAUCACCUGCCAGAAGCAGCUUUCCAGAAGUGAUUCAGAUGAAAGACGAGCUGUUAUUCUUUGUGGUGGUAAACUCCGUCUAGAUAUAGUCCAGCAGAUAUUCAAUCUCUCUCUUGUAGAAAUGCAACAUGGUUCCUCUUGGAUUGUUCUCACUGCAGACAGCGAGGGCUUUGUGCCGCUGACGUUCACCUCCACGCAGGAGAUAGUCGUCCGAGAUGCCAGUACAAAGGGCUACAGCGCCCGUUCUUCCAAAACCUUGGACAUCAUCAGUUCUACAGAAGGGUGUAGACCCACUUCUUCCGAAAGUCUGGAUAUCACGAGUUCUUUGGAAGUGCUCAGAGACUGCUCCUCCAAGUCUCUAGACAGCAGCGGUCCCUCGGAGCGGCCCAGCAGUAACAUGUAAUAUUUGACGGUGAUGUACUGCUUGUCUUGUCUUGGGAGACUUUUUAAUUUACUGGAUAGGACUGCAAAUUCUAAACAACAGUCUGUCUCGAAUCUCUCUUGGAUUUCCAUAAUUCUUUUCUUGCAUAUCACAGUAAAUUAUUUAUUUGAUCCUUGGAAACUUUUUUUUUAUAUACCGAGCAGCAUUUUUUAAAUAUGCCUCUUCCAGUACAGGCCAGAUCUUUGUAUCAGUGGUUGAAAACAUGCGUUCUUACAAGCUUCCGAGUUGAAGUUUCUGUCUUGGUCUUUAAUAUGUUGGUGGUUUUAGAUGAUAGUAAAGUUGCAUAAUAAAGAAAUCCUUGAGUACAUUGCAUUGUACCCAGUUUCCUCACUUCUGUCGAAGCCUGAACUAUCGCACUGUUGUUAUUUAGAAAUGGUGCCUGCAGAACUCCAUGUGGUGUUGCACAAGUGUUACUAAGGGUGUAAGCACUCUGUUAGGUGUAUGGAGUUUAAGUAUGAUCACGUGGAAUAUCAAAAUCACUUAUUAAGUAUGUGAGAACAACUGUCUGUCCUAGCUCUGAAAGGAUUUUAACUGAGUUGUACUUUAUACUUCCUAUAUGUCUGAGGACUUUGUGACCCAUUUUUUUGAGUAAAGCAUGAAGAAACUCAGUAUUAUUCUAGGGCCAUGACAAUGCCUUGCCCUACGCUAGAUGUCUGUCUAGUGCACAGUGUGAGUAAAACUGGUACAGCCAGGGGAUGUACCAGUGUUAAAGCACAGAAACAGAGAAUCAUAGAAUGGUUUGGGUUGGAAGGGACUUUAAAACUCAUCCAGUUCCAACCCUCUGCCAUGGGC